UAGUUAUUGUAAAAUUGCAUUACACGAAAACAUCUCAACCUAAUAAAAAUUGUGAUAAAACUAAGUACAGAUUUUUGGUUCCUUGUAUCUUCAAGCUACAUAAUAAUGUCACUCUAUUUGCUAAUGUUUAGAUAAGGUAGACUUGUCGCGCGAUAUUAAACGAUUCUGACUUUAAAAUGGAAAUAUUACGCGCAGUUACAUUUCAUCUCAGUUACAAUCAACAUCAACGCUUUUUUCGUUUUGUCAUUUUAAAAUUCUCGAAAUGUAAAGAAUUGUAAAACGUAAAAUAUAAUUCUAAAUUUGUAUUUCUAAAAACGUUAUUAAAAAUUUUGGAUGGAAAAUUUUUUAUAAUCAAUAUUGUAAAAUUGGACAGACUGACGUAACACAAAUUCCAAAAUUAAAUAUUUUGGUAUUUAUUUAAAAUAAUAAAUUUCAGAAAAGUAUAGCAUCAAAAUUUUUUCAACUUAAAUAGAUAUACCUCAAAGAUAUUGGCAAAACUCAUUUGGCGAAAAAGUGAAAUUAACGAUAAUGGAAGGUAAAAGUCUGAGCGAGGUACUUGCGGUAAAAGAUCCGGCAAAAAUAACAAAAUCGAACGAGACGUCCGAUGUCGGACCUUUAAAAUUAAAGGUGUAUAAAAAGAGAUGGCUAAUACUAAUCAUCUAUAUGAUUUAUAAUGGAACAAAUUCUUCUCAAUGGAUAGAAUAUUCGAUUAUAAGCAAUAUAGUUACUAGGUAUUACGGAGUCUCUUCGUUAAUGGUUGAUUGGACUUCGAUGAUAUUCAUGGCGAUUUAUGUGGUGUUUGUAUUUCCAGCGUCGUACGUGAUAGACAAGUGCGGUCUGCGAUGGACCAUUAUUAUAGGUACCGCGUUAAACUGUUUGGGUGGCUGGAUAAAAACCUUUUCCGUUCAUCCCGACAGGUUUUACGUCGCUUUUAUCGGUCACGCGGUAGUCGCGCUCGCGCAGACUUUGGUCCUGCCGCUACCGGGACACUUGGCCGCGCAAUGGUUUCCUUCGACCGAACUGUCAACCGCCACGUCUUUGGGUAUUUUUGGCAAUCAAUUGGGAAUAGCGUUGGGUUUUCUCUUAGUGCCUAUAACGGUAAAAAAUCACGAUAGUCUGGAUGAUAUCGGCAAAGAUUUGACAAGGUUAUGCUGGAUCAUUGCAAUCAUCGGCACGGUUGUAUUCGGACUGGUUCUUAUACUAUAUCAGAAUGAACCAAAACUGGCACCGAGCGAGACGCGGGCGCUGCAAAAGUUAAAUCGGGCGAAGAAAAGAGAAGAGUUUAUGGCGCCGAUUAAAAGACUCUCUAAGAACAAAAACUACAUGAUGCUCUGUAAUUGCUACGGUUUAAAUGUCGGCGUACUGGAUGUCGUGUCUACAUUACUCAAUCAAAUAUUUCUCGCACACUUCAAGAAUGGAGAAGAAGACGCAGGCAGAAUUGGCUUAGCUAUAAUUCUGACUGGCAUGGCAGGAUCCGUUAGUUUCGGUAUCAUCCUUGAUAAGACGCACAAAUUCAAAGAAACUGCCGUGACUGUAUAUUUUCUUACAUUUGUUGGUCAAGUAUUAUUCACGGUAUCUAUUUGCAUGGGUAUAAAAUGGAUGGUAUACGUGUCGGCAAUUUUCUUAGGGUUUUUCAUGUCGGGAUAUCUGACAUUAGGAUACGAAUUGAGCACUGAAUUUACGUAUCCGGAAUCGGAGAAUAUACCUGCAGGAAUUCUCAAUAUGACGACCUCCAUAUACGGCAUCAUUCUCAUUAUAAUAUUUGGAAUAAUACUAAACGCAUAUGGCGAUAUUCCGGUGCACAUUGGUUUAUGCUUGACUUUGCUGCUAGGUGCUAUCUUGACUGCAAUAACGAAAGACGAGCAAAGACGACAAGAUGCGAGGAAGAAGGCUCAGUACGAAGGAUUUGCACAAAUGGAGAAGAACGUCAACGGUGUUCCAGAAACUAAUCAACUAACUUAUAGCGUUAAUUAAUAGAUACAAACAAUAUAUCAAAUCUUGCGAUAAUGAUAAAUUUUCUAUCAGACACGCAAAUUUUAUUCAUAUUCUGAUUUUUAUCAAUGUUAUUUCACCUCCUAUCUCCUCCUAUACAUUA